AUGGAGUAUGAUGAUGAUGAUGAAAAUGAAGGAAAUGUUCAAGAUGAUCAAUAUGGUGAAGAUAGAGGAAAUUUUGUUCAUCAUGUUGAUGCUAGUCUCUACUCCCAACCAUCAUUUCAAGAUCUACUUACACAAUUUGGUUCACCCCCGAGUUUCACUCAUUUGGUUCAACCAUCUCAACAGCAUCCUAAUGAUGAAGCCCCUAUACCUUCAAAGAAAAGUUGGAAUUUGAUUCAAGAUAUUGCUCUCAUAUGUUCAGUCAUGAACACAAGUACAGAUCCAAUUGUAAGCACCAACCAAAAGAUAAGAGUGAGGUGGCAAAAAUUUAAGGAAGCUUAUGAAGCAGCGAGGAUGGAACGACCCCAUCUGAUCUCACGAAGAACUGCCGGCAUGCUUAAAUGUCGUUGUGGUAGAGUUGCUCCAGCGUGUUUGAAGAGAUCUGGAAGUUAUGACGAGGCUCUUAGGAGGAAGAAGAGUGGAAAGUAUAACAAGUGGAAGCAAGUGGUAAAAAGUAAUAAAAAACGAUUGGAUCAACAACCAACUGGUGGUGUUAGUAGUGAAAGUAAUGGGAAAAGAUCAAGGACGGAAGAAUAUUCUGAAACACCAACAAGUGAAACUCAAGGAGGAUCAUCUACUCGCCCCGAGGGUGUGAUGAAGGCUAAGGCUCGCAUGACUGGAAAAAUGGUUGCAAAUCCAUCAAUUUAA